AAAGUCGCACAACUGAAGGAAUUUUCGAAGCGCCUGGUGAGUUCCCAGCCGAGGAAUUUUUGACUUCUCCAAACCAAAAAUUAAAACGCAAUCCUAGGAGGGUCUGGGAAUUUAAAAGUGUUACUUAAACUAAAACUAAAGCCAAAACGAAUAUGGAGAAUCCUAGUUCAUUGCCAAACUUGACAUGUGUACCUCUGAAAGGAUUUAAGUGAAAAUGCGUUGGAAUCUAUAAAUACUCGCUGGGUAACUAGACCAAGUCACGACAGACCAACCAAUUGCCACCUCCUGCGGCCAAGUGCAUGUCGGGUGCUCAUUGGUUUCGCCUUGGUCUGGUCUAGUUUUCUGGCCUGCCAUGGAGGUGUAGGAGGUGACUGCCAGCAAGCCUUGGUUAGCUGAAAAUUAUUGUAUUGUAAUUUCAGUAUACGCAGCACGCCGACCAUUGCGCAUGCCACAAAGCCCGGACCCGAACUCGCACCCCCGCCAAUCGAGGCCAGCAGAAAAGCUGAGGGAGGAAAAAAAAAGUAGGAGAAACAGCAGGUGGCACCUGCAGCAACACCUGCCCACCAGGAGCCCAACUAGAAGUCAAGGAAAUCACCGAAUUCGUAGAAACCAAGAAAUCUAAGGAAAGGUACCAAUAAUGGCUGCCGUGGUCCAUGGCUGUAGCAGUCCGCGCCAGCGAUCCUGCAACGGCAGCAGUUCCCCGGGUGGCCAUCAUGGCUCCACGCCCUCCUCUGCCUACCCUACGAUGCCCAAGUACUCGAGGACCACCAGUCAACAGCUAUAUGCCACCACUCAGCAGUUUUUCAGUGGAGGUGGCAUGGCGGAUGCGGCCUAUGGAUAUGGGAUGUCCACCUCCGCCGGACAGCGACCACUUUCUGCCUCCGCCCUGCCAGAAACGGCUGCGGCCAGUCGGAACUAUUGGGGUCACCACAACGCCUUCUAUCACACAGGAGGCAGGCAUUACAGCAAGAGGAAAUCCGCAGUGGAGCUACUGGCGGAAUCCAAACCCUUUUAUAUCAAAUCCGAGGCGGUUUUUGAGCGACUGCAGCAGGCGAGUUACCGGAACGGUGGGGGGAACAAUGUAGCCAGCGGGAAAAGAGGACGUCGGCCAGAGGAAGCCCAUGGUCAUCACUAUGAUAUGGAGGACAGGCGGUACAUGAGUCUCAAUCUCAGUCGACAGCAGCAGGUGCAACAGCAGGUGCAACAACAGCAGCAGCAGCAGCAGCAGCAACAACAGCAGCAGCAGUACCUGCACAACCAUCAUUCCCACCCACACCAACACCACCCGCACUCCCGUCACACCCAAGGCCAAGGUCAAGGUCGAACUGGAGGUGUCGGCGGAGGAGCAGCUGUGAACAACAAUCUACUGCAGCACAAGCUGCGCAUGCUGUUGGGAUCGGAAUCGGGAAAGGAGCGCAAUGGCGGGACCUUGAGGCGCCACGACAUGAACGACGGCAGUGCGGAACUCUUGCCCACAGAUUACGGCGAGGAGGAGGUUGGUGGUCAGGCGGGCGCUCUGAGGAUUCCCCCGCCCAUCUAUAUGCCCAGCCAUGGUUUCGGACGGGAUGGCGAGGAGCCACUGGUCCUAACUGAGAACUACCGACCCAUCAGCCCGCCCGCCGAAUAUGCGGCCAAGUCGGUACAGGUCCACAACGAUCGCUACCGAUACAACUACCAGCGUUCGUACUCGCAUUCACACGAGGUUCCCAAUACGGGGGAGGAUCGCAGUGCUCCGUAUCCCAGUGGCGACUUCAACAUCAAUAGCCAUAAGUCGCUGCCGGAUCUGCAUACCCAGAUAAGUCGCCACUCGCCGCACAGUGAGAUCCUGAGCUGCUGCAGUCGUGGUAAUCGGUCGAUCAAGUCCGCCGGGGAGUCCUCCAUAAAUCGCGAUUCCGGCGGAAGUUCCGGUCACUAUACCCAUCGCAGUGAGCCCUGCUAUAAGAGAGAGCGGCAGCGGGAUGUGGCCGGAAGUGCGGCUCCGGCAAGCGGAACAAUCAAAAACUGUUGCACCCUGGUGGCGGCCACUCGGAGGGACAGUGGUUCCUCCACCCAGCACAGUGCCAAUUCCUACUGUGGUUAUGUCACGCCAGCUGGGGACUAUUCCGGAAUGAGUGGUAGUCGCAAUACGGAAUGUUUGGAUUGCCGUUGCAAACAGGACACGGGAAUGGGUUCCGAUUAUCUGCUGAACUUCACCCCCACUCCGGAAGUUCCGGAAGCUUUUCAGGAUGACUACACCCCGACACCCCCAUCGCCCAGGCUCAAAACCCAGACCCCACGAUACUCUAGCUCUUCCAGUCAGCAGCUGCACACCAGUUCCCAGGGCUACACGAGCAUCAAUCACUCGCAGAGCUCUCUGGUCCAGAGCCCCGGAUCGGCGCCAUCCGUGGACGACAUCAGUCCACCGCCCAUCCAGUUCAAGAGGCAGCGGUGCAUUCGCUUCAAGAACAGGAAUCGACUGCCAGUUCAAGGAGAAAUGGGUGGACCACCGGGAUCAGGAGGAGGAGGCCUAGUCCCACCAGGAUCAGGAGGAAUGGGCACGGCCAGCGGUGUUCUGGCUGCGUACAAGCAACAUCGGGGAAGUGUGGACCACGAGAACGUAUUCUUCCCUAAAGGUUUCUCUUCGGAGGUCUACCACAACAGCUUGGACAUGGAGAGGGAGGCCCUGAAUGCCAGCAUUUCGGAGCUGGAGAAGUUCUUUGAUCGUCUGGGAUUGAAUGACGAGGCCUUCCACGAGAUUUAUAGUCAACCAAGGAGACACCACUCAGAAACGGACGAUGCCUCGGAUGAUUCCAGCACCGUUUUCUUCUCGGAUGUUAGUACAGUGGAUUCGAUGAGAUUGCCGGAUAGUACGGAAACCCAGCCGCAAGCCACACAAGCCUAUAGACCCUCGGAACCUCCGUCGAUUGUCGAGCGGAACGCCAGGAUCAUCAAGUGGCUGUGUAACUGCAAGAAGAUGCAGUGCACCUGAGGAUCACCGGGGCAGUGCAGCUGCGGAUUCGGAUUUGGAUUCGGACGCUAAGCGCUCCACUGAUUUAUUAAUACUAUACGACCACCCCGAUUUAUACACAGCUGCUGAUUAAUGCAAAUAACUCUGAUCCCUGAUGGGUGGGUGGAUCUGUGGGUUAGGUUUAUGUUCAUAAGGACGAAGAGUAAUCUGUUGAAUUUUAGCUUCUUAAUCAGUUAGUUUAACGAAACAGUAAUAAGUCACUAAACCGAUUGCAAAUACCUAAAACGAGUCUCUUACUUUAAACAAUGAGUCUUAAGUGGAAAUAUCUAAACAACUCAGAGAUGAAAUAGUAUUUAAAACUUGAAAUUUAUUCAACUUAAUGCUGAAAAUGCAAUAGCAAAUAUUAAAAACACAUUAAAAUAGUUAAUUAAAAACCAUAUGAAGAACUUUUUCACUUUAAACAACUUAAUAAUAAUGAAUAAUACAAUAAGAAAGGGACAUUUGAACACAAAUUAUCUUUAUUUCUAUGUUAAGUAACGUAAAUUAAUGCAAUUCAGCGAUUACUUUUUGCCAUUAUGCCUUAAGCGCCCAUGAACCACCCACCUGCUCAAGGAUAAUCCACAAAAAAAACACUGCUCAAAAAGUCAAGUUAAGUCAGUUGAAUGUUUCGAACAUGAUUAGCAUGGUUAGCCUCACCUACCUGUACAAUGGAACUAGGAAUUACGAGUCUCCACGAAAAGUCUCGAUUAUGGAUGUGCGUUUAUCCUCUUUUACUGCGCCCGUUCUCGCGCGGAUCAAUUACACCAUUGAUAUUUGUAUUGCCAACGGUAAUGAUAUUGUCUUACGUAUACUAAUCAACUAGCAAGCGAUCGUUCAUAUUACUCUUAUACACAGCGGUAUUAUUAGAUGAAUUAUUGUACAAUUAGUUCUCGUAACUUAUAUAUACUUAUAAAUAUAUAUAUACUAUACAUAUACGUCUAGUUGCCAAACCGAAAAAACAAAAUUAGUACACGAAACCACUAAAACUCACAAAUUGAAAUUGAAAUGAACCUACCUAUUUAUGUAAUUGUACAUGGUUUGCAUGGCGAAUAAAUAAAAUAUUUAUGAUUAUCAAAUUAAUUGAAAAUAUAUAGAAAGUCAA